UUGCGGAACACACUGGGGAAAAAGAAGCCGCGGAUUUGAUUUUACGCUGCUAGCACCCACUGUUUACUGUUUAUUUUACACUAUCUCACAGAAUGAAUACAUUUUGAUAACCAGGGCUAAAACUCUAGGAAAUAACAAUGAAUCUCGACAGACUUCGAAAGCGUGUACGGCAGUACAUUGACCAGCAACAAUAUCAAAGUGCUCUCUUUUGGGCCGACAAGAUAGCAUCCCUUUCUCACGAGGAUCCACAGGAUAUUUACUGGCUUGCUCAGUGCCUUUACUUAACCUCACAGUACCACAGAGCCUCCCAUGCCCUCCGAUCUCGAAAACUUGACAAGCUGUAUGGAGCAUGUCAGUAUCUUGCUGCUAGGUGCCAUUAUGCUGCCAAAGAGUUCCAGCAGGCCUUGGAUAUCUUGGAUGCAGAGGAACCGGCUAGUAAGAAGCUGCUGGACAGGAGUGUGAAAGAGGAAAACACGACACCAGAGUCAAACAAGGACUGGGACAUGUCUCCUGCUUCUAUCAGCAGCUCCAUCUGUCUCCUGCGGGGUAAAAUCUAUGAUGCCAUGGACAACAGACCACUGGCCACCUCCAGCUACAAAGAGGCCUUGAAACUGGAUGUCUACUGCUUUGAAGCCUUUGACCUUUUAACGUCUCACCACAUGUUGACAGCUCAGGAAGAGAAAGACUUUCUGGACUCGCUUCCUCUGAGUCAGCAGUGCACUGAGGAAGAGGAGGAGCUUUUACACUUCCUGUUUGAGAAUAAGUUAAAGAAGUAUAACAAGCCCAGUGAUUUGGUGGUGCCGGAGAUGGUCAACGGUCUUCAGGACAACUUGGAUGUAGUGGUGUCUCUUGCAGAGAGGCAUUAUUAUAACUGUGAUUUCAAGAUGUGCUACAAACUCACUUCAAUGGUGAUGGUCAAAGACCCUUUCCAUGCCAACUGUUUACCAGUCCACAUAGGAACUCUAGUGGAGCUUGGAAAAGCAAAUGAGUUAUUUUACCUCUCACACAAACUUGUAGAUCUGUAUCCCAACAACCCGGUGUCCUGGUUUGCUGUCGGCUGCUACUAUCUCAUGGUUGGCCAUAAAAACGAACAUGCUCGGCGAUACCUUAGCAAAGCCACCACACUGGAGAGAACAUACGGCCCUGCAUGGAUUGCCUAUGGACAUUCAUUUGCAGUGGAGAGCGAGCACGACCAAGCAAUGGCUGCCUACUUCACUGCUGCACAGCUGAUGAAAGGAUGUCACUUACCAAUGCUCUACAUCGGUCUGGAGUACGGUCUGACCAACAACUCCAAGCUGGCUGAGCGUUUCUUCAGCCAGGCUCUUAGUAUCGCUCCAGAGGACCCAUUUGUCAUACACGAGGUGGCUGUGGUUGCUUUUCAAAAUGGAGACUGGAAGACGGCAGAGAAAUUGUUUCUUGAUGCAAUGGAGAAGAUCAAAGCCAUAGGGAAUGAGGUGACUGUGGACAAAUGGGAGCCUUUAUUGAACAACUUGGGUCAUGUGUGUCGGAAACUGAAAAAGUACGACCAGGCUCUGGAGUACCACCGUCAGGCUCUCGUGUUGAUCCCUCAGCACGCCUCCACCUAUGCCGCCAUAGGAUACGUGCACAGCCUCAUGGGUGACUUUGAGAGCGCUAUUGACUACUUUCACACGGCACUUGGACUAAAAAGGGACGACACCUUCUCUGUGACAAUGCUUGGCCACUGUAUUGAGAUGUACAUUGGUGACACAGAUGCCUAUAUAGGCACAGACAUCAACGAUAAGGUGCGCGGCAGUUUGAAUACUCCUGCGCUGAUGAAGAUGCUGAACACCACAGAGCCCGCUGACCUUAUGGCCACACCGAGGCUGGAAGACACCAGCAUCACAUCAAUGGAAACGCCACUGUCAAAUCAGGACAAGAUGAUGCUGGAGACGCCCCUGAGGCUCUCUUUAACCCUGGAGUGUGACAUGUAUGAGAGUGACGUCAUGUUAGACACGCUGUCUGACACCAGCACGUGAUGUCAUCCUGUGUGGAGGUGAACUGUCAAAGCAACAGGUUGUCAUAGGUACACAUAUACAAGCCCAAUGAAUAAAUCAAAACUUUGGCACCUGUUGUCCACCAAAGGUUUCCUGUGGAUUUCCCCUCUUGUGCAACAGAUGUGAUUGUUUCUAUAAGAGUGUAAACAGAAAACACAGCAUGUCAAAUGCUCUAAACAUGAGGGAAAGUGUGAAUGAAUUAGUCAAGAAUGCACUUAGGGGAAUUAGCACGUGCCUUGGUUUAGGUGUUGACUACUUGGUUUAUCUAAAGACCUUGGGUUAAUCCUGAAGACUCUGGGAGCAUGUGGUCCUCUGACGCUUGAUUGAACAAAGCAAACACAGCCAAACACCUCACAUCACGUCAAAGACUUGUCACUAAUUAUUACUGCCUAUGGCAGGACCCUCCAUGUUGCUUAACCUGUGGAUUUACACCUUGAAUAAAGAGCCAGCUAAAUAUGGGAAGUUUUGUUAAAAAGAAACACUUCUUGGUAAUUGAUAAAAUAAACCAUGCAUUUAUCUUAAAGUG